GACUGUGCUCCUUCCACCACUUUUUACACCAUUGUAAAGGAUGAAGUGGCUUAUGAUUUAAAGAGCUUUAGACAAUCAGGGUUUAUAUGCCAUCCAUGUCCCUAUUCUCAUUAUUUAAACUCAAUGUGCUGGAAUUGUACGUUUUGCAAAGACGGAUUGAAAUCUCUGGAUGACUCUUGCAAGGCGUGCCCUGCUGGUAAGUGAGAUUACAUUGCUAUGAAAUACAAUACGUGUACUACGUACUUGUUAGCGGUUUACAGGGAGGACAAAGGCAGCACCUUCAUUUUUCAGUUUACUUAAGAACCCGAGUAUUCAUCCUGCCCCAGAGAUCGAACCCACGACCUCCCACUCUGCAGUCAAAGGCUCUACCAACUAAGCUAAGCCUGCCGCUGUUAAAAGAGAAAAAAACCUUAUCAUGCACGGUUUUGGAAGCCCUUUUGACGAGUAGGCAACCGCGUGAGAAAUUACUGCAACAGUGUUUGUAUGUGAAUCUAAUGUCGAAUAAUUUUCCUUAAGCGGCUGUUCUGAAAAACACUUCGCCCCUAACGAUUCAACUGAAAAAACAAAUUGAGGGCGUUAGAUGCAGCUACACUAAUGUAUUUAUCGCAGGCACAAACAGGUGACGUCCCACCCAGUAUCGCUUUCCAAGGACACCAUUAUAUUGCAGCACAUAUUUAUAAAGAAAUACGUUUUAAUAAAUGAUUUCAUUGCUAUCAUAUCUUAAGGAGGUUUUUACCAGGACCAAAUGGGACAGAUAACCUGCAAGUACUGUAGCAUUGGAACCUACGUAUCAAUAGAGCGACAUCCUGGUAAACGUGCUUCGGACUGUUGGGCAUGUCCGUACGGUAGGAAACAUUAAUCAUUACAAUUUGGACCAUUAACGUAUUGACUAGACGAAACACAUCCAAACUUUGUUAUUUACAGACGUAUUGCAAUGUACAAUUUACUUCUUUGACCCUUUCCUUCCAGUUUAAAAGAGAUGUAUACCGGGGAUGUAUAUUCUUUCUCUAUAGUGAUUGACAGUUUUCAAGGAUGACGUUUUCGUUGUUUUUAAAUUUCCGUGUAGGAUUAAAUCUUUUAAGUGAUCGAAGAUAGACGUAAAGCUCACAAUAAACCCAUUAAUACUCUUUCAUGCUUGGUCCAUGCCAGGGAACGUUUAGGAAAUUUAUGAACUAUCGGUCGCGCGGCUACCGACUGAACGAGAUGACCAUACGAUUCUCUCCCUGCUCGUAAGGUGUCUUUUCAUCGGUCGGGGAAAACAUUAACACAAAAUUGUUCAUCAUUAUUUCCAUUGUUUUAGCGUAGCAAAUUAUUUGGCUUUUAGGAUUAGAAGAGUUGCUACAUGACCCCUCUCCCCGGAAUGAAGAAAAACAAUAUGGCCAACGUUCUCCUUUAUUAACAACGUUGAACACUUUUUUUCGGCAAACAAACAGUUAAGUUGAAAAAGGAUUUUACAAAAGUCCCAAGAGUAGGUCUCUUUUUCGACUUUAACUCGCAAUAUCCGUCAAUUUACGCAGCUUUUAAACUUCUGUCUCAGUUUUCGUUUGAUUCUGCUUUGAAAAUGGAAUAAUAAUUACUCAGAGACAAUACAGUGUAAAGAAGUGUUGAGAAAAAACGCGAAAACGUGCCAAUUUCUGACAAAAAAGGUACUUUAAAAACGAACUAAAACAUUGAAAACGCUUUGAUCACAAGACUGAUGACGUCAUGUCAUGUCUCUCUUUUGGUCAUGAAAAAAUUAUCAGGCAAAACAUUACUUUCCCGCAAAUUUUCUCUGCCGUGUUAUUAAAAGUUGAAUCUCUACAGCCCAAAGUUGAAUCUCUACAGCCCUCGGCCUAUUCUCCCGACUUUUUCGCUCAUAUUCAUUACCCACUUAAAUUUUAAAUGCCGGACGUCAACUAGUUGUUUUUAAAUGCACCACACAACUAAAACCUUAAAUAUACUAUUUGUUUGUCAACGCAAACAUAAUGUUAAUUUCAUUGUCACUAUCAGAUGUAAAUCGUCUAUUUUUAAGCCGGGUGACCUCCUACCCCUAAGCAUUGUAAUGUCACGCUGUGAUAUUACUCUAGUUUCUGUCAGCAGGAAUAUAUUUUAACGGAAAAUGUUACUAUCUUUUUGUAGGUACGCUUUCCAAUGAAUCCGCUGUUUAUCGUGCUUGCAGAUGCUUUGAAGGGUUUUACCGCUUGGAUCGUUUUGGUCCAUGUUCAGAAUGUCCAGCUCACGGCAUCAAUUGCGUCAACGACACAGCAAUACUUGCACCUCACUAUUACUGGAAGUGGACCAAUCAAAGUAACAGCUUUUUUUAUAAGAAUUUCGUGCAAAACAUCCACGAAGCUGGUUACAAUCAGAACUACUCCAGAUUUAUCAUGCCUCUUCCAAAGCCAGUGAAAUGUCCGUAUGCUGGGUCUUGCAAGGGUAGAAUAGACUCAGAUUGCAAUAAGGGAUACCAGGGAAACUUGUGUGCUAUUUGCAGAAGUGGCUACUACCUAAGAUUUAACAGGUGCAUAAAAUGUCCGAGUCUUGCAGUUGCUAGCGUCUCAUCCUUUGUGGUUGUGGCUUUGUUUGUUAUUGUCUUCCUAAUGAUUUUUUGGGGCAACUCGAAACAAACUGACAAUAAUCGUACUCUCACAGAUGUCAUUAUGUCGUGUUUUAAAAUCGUUAUAGGAUUUUAUCAAGUUAUAUCCGGUAUCUUUACCGCAUUGGUGAGAGUGAAAUGGCCAGUAGCUUUGAUCCCAAUGGGACAAUUUCUGAAGGUGUUUGAAGGAAAUAUUUUUCAAUUUGCUCCGAUAAGCUGUAUCAAUUCUCAACUGCGACUAAAUGCAUAUUUGAAGUUCAUUCUCGUUCUUUCAGUUAAUUUUUUUGUGGUUUCUAUUAUUCUGGCUUACAUCUUUCUGAAAAAAAGACGACUCAACAAGAGGAAGGAUUGGUCCAAUGGCGAAAAGCUGUGUGAAGUUUCGUGCUUGAAGAAAUCCUGUUACCGGAACAUUUUCCUAUUUUUGCUGGCUUCAUACCCAGUGACAAGUAAAACAAUCAUCCAAAUCAUUCCCCUCCCAGGCGCAUGCGUGACGCAUUGCUUCACGGAUCACAAGAACCAAUGUAUCUCUCUUCUGAAAGCUGACUACUCCCUCCAGUGCUUUACUGCCCAACACACGAUCUUCUGGCCAGUUGCCGCAGUGUUUUCCGUGUAUCCUGUUGGAUUUCCUAUUUUGAUGCUCUUUCUUAUUUACAAAUACCAAAAAUCGCAGCGAAAUGAAGAACUUGCGUUUGGAUUAAAAGUCUUUUUUGAAAACAUAAGAACGAAUUUUGGUUUUGGGAGGUAACCGAAAUGUACCGCAAACUGAUACUAAUCUCGUUAAUUUUCCUUUUUGGUUCGGAGCGUGUAUUUCAGAUUGGACUGACUUUGCUGGUUGUGAGUGUAUUUGGUGUGACCUAUACCUUAUUCCGUCCGAUAAAGACCAAGUUCGAGGACUUACUACAGAACGUUGUGCUAUGGGGUAUUUUCUUUGACGUUUGUCUUGGAGCAAUUUACAGCACUUGUGAUGGGACAAAAGAUCAUCAAGGAAAUGAUUCGUUAAUCAUAAACAUCCUUUUCGUCGUCCUCAACAGUUCUAUAAUCCUGGUCGCUUUAGGUAACAUCUGCUUUUAA